CGGGCCCAGCCGAGGAGCCGCCGCCGCCGCUGCCGCCGCGCAGGAUGGUCCGCACACUGUAUGCCGUCGGUGCUGUGUUUCUUCUGAUGGGAUUUCUGCUUCUGACAGCAGAAGGGAGAAAGAGGAAUCGUGGAUCUCAAGGUGCUAUCCCUCCUCCUGACAAAGAUCAGCCCAAUGAUUCAGAGCAAAUGCAGACGCAGCAGCAGUCGGGCUCUAGGCAUCGAGAACGAGGAAAAGGCACCUCGAUGCCCGCUGAAGAGGUGCUGGAGUCUAGUCAGGAGGCAUUGCACAUCACUGAGCGCAAAUACCUAAAGCGGGAUUGGUGUAAAACUCAACCCCUCAAACAAACUAUCCACGAAGAAGGCUGCAACAGUCGUACCAUUAUCAACAGGUUCUGCUACGGCCAGUGCAAUUCCUUCUACAUCCCCAGGCAUGUCCGUAAAGAAGAAGGCUCCUUCCAAUCUUGUUCCUUCUGCAAGCCCAAGAAAUUCACCACCAUGACUGUUACACUCAAUUGCCCUGAGCUUCAGCCCCCAAGAAAGAAGAAAAGAAUCACCCGAGUUAAGGAAUGCCGGUGUAUAUCUAUUGACUUGGACUAAACUGAGACAAACGUAGCGAUUGCAUUCUGACUGUACGCAAUCAUUGCCAGCGUGAGAGUGAGUGGCAUGAACUAGCAUACCUUUGGGGCUGGACGAAACUGAAAGGAACCUGGUGAAUUACCUAAAACAAGCAAAAAACCCCAAAAAACAAAGAAAAAAAAUCAAUGUAAGGGAAGGGCACGCAUGUGUGUGUUUGUGUGUAAGGGAGAAAAUGGAUGUGUACAAGCAAAUAUAUGAAUGUUCAC